ACGAGCUUUGGCACUUUUGAUUCAUAAGGCAGACCGAAUUUCUCCAAGGAAUGAUACCGAUUUAACAAUGAAAUCAUUUGAUCAUCGUUGACUCGAUGACUUAGGUCUGAAAGCACGCGAAAAUCACACGCAAUAUUCAUUCCUUUUUCAUUCAUAGUUCACCGUUAUAUACCUACAUACCUACUACAUGCUUCCUCUCAUGUUUACAAGCCAUGCGCAUUCAAAGCAUAACAAAAAUGUAUAGGUACUCGCCAUCCAGAGUACAUCUGUCUAGUCUAGCCUAUAAUGUUUAGUAAGACGUAUACAAAACAGCUUCAGCUGAUAUGGCUAUGUAGUGAAUCGGUAGUCAAAUUCAUCUUGAUCUUGAACAAUUUCGAGCAUUGACAGUCAUUCGGAAGCUUUUGAUUAGGGCGCAAUAAAGGAAAAUGCUUAGGGAAAAUAGUGAGCUUCUAAAUAUUUUGGAUCUUCCAAAUGAGCUAUUGCUGUACGUGUUUGAUCAUUUGGACUUCCGAACGCGACUGAUUGCGUCUCAGGUAUGCCGUCUGUGGAAUCACCUGACUUUCACCGGACUGUUCAUGGACAGAAUCUACUUGAGCCUCAAUGUAACGACACACAAUCAGCCGGAGCUGUUCUACACAUUGGGCCAAAACCUUCGAUGCUACCGUCACAUCUCACUCCAGUUCGACAAUUGCGAAAUUGAUUUGAGUCUCUUGGUUCCGUUACUCGAAUCUAACGAUAGACUUGAAAGUUUGCUACUGACAGGUGUUGAGCGAAUGGAGCCACAAGAAAUGAAUCUUUUGCUCAGUAGCGUGAGGAACUUGAAGAAAUUAAUCAUUUUGAAUUGGAAAGCCGGAAAAGAAACGUGGACAUUUCCAUGCGUUAGGACGAAUAAUGGAUCAGUACAUGUCGAUCAAAACCUUGCGAAUGAUUGGUUCUCAGAAGACACGCCGGUUGUACUCUCGAACUUGGAAUGCCUUUGUCUAAUCACAUCUUCUAAAACUCAAGCCUUCGAGCGACUUAAGUCAAAAUUUCCGAACGUUAGACUCCUACAAAUCACGGUCAGAAAUGAAAGAGCAUGCGAACUCCUUCACAGCUACUCAAAUCAACUGACUAAUUUAGCCAUUGAGUCACCCUUUCCGGAGAUGUUCCUCACUAUGGGUGACUUAAGUUUUCCGAAGUUGUUCCACCUGACGUUAGACCGGAUGGAGCUACAUGAUCAAAGAAUACUUACCAAAUGUGUGUCCUUCUUCCGGAAUCCCAACCAUUGCCGAUCGUUUCGGGAACUGAUCUUCCAUCCCAAGUUUAUGGUCAGGACCCCGAUGUUUUCAACGAUAUGUGACCAUUGUUCAAAUUUACGAAGUCUUUCGCUCAGUUUGGAUUACAUGGAUGGCGACGCGCUCAAGGACAUUACCAAUCUACGGCUUCUGGAGAAUCUUACCCUGCAAGGCACCUGCUACUUUCGGGAGUCACCGAGCUGGCCGAUACAAAUCCCCACGCUGCGGCAGGUGAAAAUUGCCGGCAGUCGAUUUCCGAUCAGUUUGCUUGAGUUCAUUGCAGAUAUCGCGCCGAUGUUGGAGAGUUUGGCGCUUGAGGAUGUCGAAAAUCCGGAGGAAAUGUUUCGCACCAUACCACGACUGGUGAGCGGGAUUGUCCAUCUUGAGAUGGGCUAUACGGAGGGCUUUGAAAGACCUCCUUCCUGUCAUCCUUCAGGACUUCUUAGAACGAUGAACCAGCUAGAAAGGUAUUGCCUCCGUCGGGUCAUAAUAAAACAUGGAAUCCAAGGCUGGCUGCAGGAUGCAUCCCACUUGAAGAGUGUUCGUUUGGAGGAUUGCAAAACCCUGACCGAUACUAAUCUGGUGAUACUGACCACCAAUUGUCCUAAACUUCGGCAGCUUGAGAUUGAAAAAUGCUCGCACAUAACGGCUAGUGGAGUUCAGGGAUUCAGGGAGCGGAUUCCCUGCUGCAAAGUUAUUUGUGAUGUUUGACAUUUCGAGCAAAUGUUUCAUUUCAUACAUCGAAUUUUCUCAAGGGCUUCGAAGGGAUUUUCACUAACACAGACAUCUUCAUGAUAGAAGCUCCCUGGCCCUAACGGAGGAAUUUUUCAGGAAUUCAAGUUCUUUCGAUGCUUUCUGGGAAACUAUGGACAGUUCGGAUAAAGAAGUUUUCGCUCCCGACAAAUCUCAAAUCAUUAACUAAAAUAUAUGUCUAUUAUUGUUAUAAUUGCUUAAAAGAACGAAAAAAAGGAAAUCUUUUUCUUUAUGUUUUCAUCCACAUGAUACGAUUCUGAUAACCGAACGAGAAACAACAUUUCAAUCUAUCGUAUAACUUCUACGACUACAAUAUACUUUAAUGAUUUGCUUUUCUGUGUUUUGUUGGAUAUUUCAAUAUUGUAUAAAUAUAUCGCUUACGGGCUAGUCAAAUGUUAAAUCUAUAAACACUAAAACUGAUAACCAGUUGCACGCAGUUGAACAAAUAGAGGCGAAGGUUGUGUUAGAUUUCUACUUUUUCGAUACAGCUUGAUUCAGAAACUAUGAGUAGAAAUUGGGUUCCUUGGAGAAUUACUCUAAAGCUGUCAAUUUUGUUUUUCCAUAGCCAAAUUCAGUAAAGAAUGUUUUUAAUUUAAAAAGUCAUUUGAAUCUUUUUGCAAAGAAAAAAAUGCAUCCAAAAUAAGGCCAUUAUUAUGUAGGCUUUGUCACCAAUCAACAUGAGCGACUUUAUCACGUUUCUCGUUUAGUACCAUCCUCUGUAAUAGUUAUCUUUGAAACGACAUGAGUCUUUUCUGCGUACUAAUAUCGACUGCUUUCGUUUUAUUGUUUGUUUUUUUUAAUCUUGUUCUGUAAAUACCUAUCACUUCAUUGUGUAUGCUCUGAUUAUAAUCCCUAUACGCAUUCAGUUAAUAAUACUGAACUGAUGAUUUAUUAUGAAACACGAAUUCCAGUUUUGCUGUCGCUCUUCUAUACUCUAAACUAGGUGCUACGCUUAAACUACAAGACAGAUUUGUAUGGCUUUGGGGGAAUGAAAGUCUAAACUAACUUGUUUGAUUUUUUUUUCAUGAUUAAUUGUCUCCGUCUAUCGGUUAAACACGCGAACAACUCGGACAGAAGGAAGAUGCCGAAAAUCCCACUUAAUACUAAUUUCGAAGGAGUUUAAAAAAACAUAAAAUUAAGACUAUUGCAAUGUUAGACACUUUGCAGAGAAGUCAGUCUGUCUAAAAAAAAUCUGCAAUCGAUAUUUUAGCAUCAACUGCUCUAAAUAACUAAUUUUAACGGUUGUAUAAAUAUGUACAGUAAUAAAUUCACUGGAACCACU